AUGGCGCCGCCUCCGCAGGCCCGGGUCCUGCGCUGCUGCCGCUGCCGCCUGUUCCAGGCGCACCAGAUGAAAAAGAGUCUCAAAUGGACGUGCAAAGCUUGUGGAGAGAAGCAGUCAUUUUUACGGGCUUACGGUGAGGGCUCUGGUGCUGACUGUAGGCGUCAUGUCCAAAAAUUAAACCUGCUGCAGGGCCAGCUCUCGGAGGUGUCACCCAGGUCUCUGCGAGAACCCCUAAACGCUGACGAGGAAAACACGGAAAAUGCGGGUCCUGUGUGGGCUGAGCAUGUGCGUCUGCAGGUAAGCCAGCAGCGCCUGGGGUUCCUUUUCUCUAUUCCUCAGUCACUUGUUCUGUAA